GGAGGAUCGGGAACGAAGACCCCAGGAGGGGCGCCCUCCCGGCGUCCUCCCGGGACGCACCGACCCGGGGCGUGGCGACCUCGGCUAGUCGUGCACAUUCCUUGGCCCUGAGCGCCGCACCCGGAAUAGCAGCCCGGGGUGGCGGAUGCGGGCGCCCAGUCCCAAGGUCACCAGCACCCACAGACAGGGACACCGCGCGAGGGCGCACCGGGCUCUCUGCUUUCCCCUGCACGCCCGGGACGCCGCUUCCGCUCUCCUGGGGCGCCAGGAGCCUGCCCGCCGUGCAGUCGACCCCCUGACUCUACACCACACCCCCACAGAUGAGGCCACGAGGUGCCAGCUGGACUCAAGCCAGGUCACCCCUGCCUGCUGCACCCCAAUUGUGAUUGUGGGUUUCCUGUUGCCGGGUUGGGUCUCCUAGAAUCACAGACUGAUCCCAGCUGAUCCCAGCUGCACAGAUGGGGAACCUGAGGCCUGGGGAAGUGGAGUGGCCGGCCUCUGGCCAUGCAGGAAAGUAAAAGCAGUGACGAUGACGACCUGGAAAGCGAGACCAGAAGGCCUCAGAGAGUUUAGUUACUCGACAAAAAUCACAUAGCCCGCUAGGGAAGAAAUGGGGUUCAGCCCCUGUCCUGCGGAUACCAGCUGCGUGGGCCUCCUCUGCUCCCCCAGACCCCGCCCCCUGCAGAAUCUGCUCUUGCUGUGGACCCUCCUGAGCUGCGGCUUGGGGGUCCCCGCUCAGGGUCUCGGGGAGUGGACGCCGUGGGGAUCUUGGACCCGUUGCUCCAGCUCUUGCGGGCGGGGUGUCUCAGUGCGCAGCCGACGCUGCAUCCGGACUGCUCACCAGGGGCUGUGCCUUUCCGAGACCUUCAGUGUGCCCUCUACAAUGGCCGCCCUGUCCUGGGCACCCAGGAAACCUACCAAUGGGUACCCUUCCAUGGGGGCUGGCCUUGAACUCCUGGUGAUCCUCCUGCCUCAGCCUCCCAAGUGCUGGGAUUUACAGGCGUGCAGCACCACACCAGGCUUGCACUGGACACUUUUUUUGGGUCUCUGCCGUGCACAAGGACCAGAGCCGACACCCAACCAGUGUGACCUCAACUGCCUGGCCGAGGGGCAAACCUUCUACCACAGCUUCGGCCGCGUGCUGGACGGCACACCUUGCAGCCCGGGAGCCCAGGGCCUUUGCGUGGCUGGCCGCUGCCUGAAUGCUGGCUGUGAUGGAGUGCUAGGCUCUGGAGCCCUCGAGGACCGCUGUGGCCGCUGCGGCGGAGCCAACGACUCAUGUCUCUUCGUGCAGCGCGUGUUUCGUGACGCUGGUGCCUUCGCUGGGUACUGGAACGUGACCCUGAUCCCCGUGGGUGCCAGACACAUCCGCGUGGUACAGCGGAGCCGAAACUACCUGGCGCUGAUGGGCGGCAAUGGGCGCUACGUGCUCAAUGGUAAUUGGGCAGUGAGCCCACCGGGCACCUAUGAUGCUGCAGGCACUCGUGUGGUCUACACCCGCGCCGCGGGGCCUGAGGAGACACUGCACGCGGCCGGGCCCACCUCCCAGGACCUUCUCCUGCAGGUCCUCCUGCGGGAGCCCAACCCCGGAGUUCAGUUUGAGUUCUGGCUUCCUCACGAGAGCUACGGCCCCUUCCAGGCGCAGGCGCAGGUCCAGGGCUGGGCCCAGCGGCAGCCACAGCCCCGUGAGGUGGAGCCUCAGCCCCCGCAGCUCCUUGAACGCCCUGUGGCCCAUGCCCCCACCCGGACCCCAGACCCCUGCCCACCCUGCCCUGACACCCGUGGUCGCGCCCACCGGCUGCUACACUACUGCGGAAGCGACUUUGUGUUCCAGGCCCGUGUGCUGGGCAGCCACCGCCAGGCCCAGGAGACCCGCUACGAGGUGCGAAUUCUGCUCAUUUAUAAGAACCGCUCUCCACUGCGGACACGCGAGUACGUGUGGGCGCCCGGCCCCUGCCCCUGCCCACCGCUGGCUCCCCAUCGGGAGUACUUGCUAGCCAUCCGACGCCUCGUCAGCCCCGAUGGCACGCAGGACCGUCUGCUGCUGCCCCAUGCUGGCUAUGCCAGGCCCUGGAGCCCUGCAGAGGACAGCCGCGCACGCCUGGCUGCCAGGCGCUGUCCUGGUUGAGUCCCCGGAGGCAGCCUUCAGCACACACUGCAAAACACACCUGACUAGGCUCAAACUCAGCGAAUUUCUCCUCUCACCCUGGUGUCCCAGGAGCUCAGAAGUAACUCCCACUUGCAACUGUGUGAUUCCCUGUAACACACGGACACCUCUGCAUACAGUUGGAUUCACUGUCAUGGGCAGGCAGGCACUGCAGUGGACACACUGAGACGGAGCAGACUCUAACUCUUAUUUCCCCUCUCUCCUUGGCUGCCGGGAAGCUUAUAGUGGUUUUACACUCAGAAAUUCUGCAUCUGCUUUCAUUCAUGUCACAUCGCAUUCACUUGUUUAGAGAUACGGUCACAAACAAGUAUGUCCCAGAGGAAAAUAUGCCUGACAAGAUAUUGUAAUGUAUCCAUUCUCCCCCUGUCCCUGGGUACCAGGAAGCCCCUCUCCAUCUAACUCCCUGACACUCUGUGCUCAUGCUCAAUUUUCUCUGCCACUCACAACCCACUCCUGUAUAUUCAGAGACACCAACAGGCACGGCCCUUCGAAGACAUGUAUAACCAGGCA